CCCAUCGCACCGUGCUGGCAGUGACGAUUUGACGUCACAAUGGAGGAGCUGACGGAGGGUCUCGCCGCGUCAUUCAGCAUAUCGCAACAAGAAAACAGCACGGCCGCGGAGCAUCCACGCUUCGCACAGUACAAGGCGAAGCUUGGCGCAUCUGGGCAGGAUGAGAGACGAAGCAGACAACUCGAGCUACAGAAGAAGAAUAGGAGCAGCGUUGUGAAUCAUCUACGGAGACUCGCGGGAAGUGACAGCUUCGCACAGCAAGAGCAGAUUGACGACGAGGAAGAUGCUGCGAAUGAUGGGGAGGAGAUGGAGGUCGAUGUAAAGUCCAAGAAGCGAGCGCCAUAUUACCGAAACAAGUUGAUGUUGUCAGAAUGGCUGGUGGAUGUGCCAGCGGACCUCUCAGAGGAGUGGAUUCUCGUUCCGUGUCCCGUUGGGCGUCGAAACCUUGUUGUAGCGGCAAAGGGCGUCACGAGCAGUUACACGAAAGCCGGCCAUCUGCUCUCAAAGUUUUCAUCACACUUACCAGGUGGAUACAGAGGGCAUGCCAAGAGGAGUGCAGAAUAUACCUUGCUCGACUGCAUACUGAGCGAAGCAGAGAGAAAGUACUACGUACUGGACGUCAUGAGUUGGAAUGGACAUCCAGUUGUGGACAGUGAGACAGAUUUCAGAUUCUUUUGGCUGAAAUCCAAGUUGGAUGAAAUUCCAAAGUUGGCAGAGUAUUCAAAGCUUAAUCCCCUCAAGUUUGAAGGCUUGCCAACUUACCAGUGUACACCAGAUGGCGUGGCUGCAGCUUUGGAGGCAAAUUUUCCAUUUCAGGUUGACGGAUUCCUGUUCUACCACAAGCGCACUCACUACACGUUCGGACCGACGCCGCUGGUCGGAUGGCUGAAGCCCUACAUGAUGGAGGAACUGCUGGGAGUAGCUGUGCCGGAGAAGCAUCGGGCCGGCAUGCCGCCGCACUACGCCAACCUCCGGCAGCACAUAGCCGAUUGGGAGCGGGAGAGCAGAGAAGCGCGGAAAACGCGGAAGCACAGGGGCGGUGGCUGCGACAACAGGGGCGGUGGCGGUGACAACAGGUUGGCGGCGACAACAGGGCCACAGGCGGCGAUAGCGCGAGGAGAUGGCCGAUGUGCCCACGACGCCGUAACACGGGGACACGGUGCCCACGACGCCGUAACACGGGGACACGGUGCCCUCGACGCACGUGACACGGGGACACGGUCCCACGACGGCCGUAACACGGGACACGGUGCCCACUCGACGCCGUACGUAACACUGGGGACACGUGCCCUCGACGCGCGUGACCAGGGAGCACAGUGUCCACGACACUGCCCACGACGUCGUGACACGGGGACACAGUGCCCACGACGCAGGAUGACACUGGCUGAACCAGUGCCACGGUGCCGACACAGUGACCACGACGCCGUGACACGGGGACACAGUGUCCACGACGCCGUGACACGGGGACACAGUGCCCACGACGCCGUGGCACGGGAACACGGUGCCCACGACGCUGUUAUCAACGAUCCAGGCUUGACCUCAGAACUUCAGAGACGUUGCCGUGUGCUAUUCAUAGACGCAUCGACGCAGCUCGGUGCG